GUAUGUUCCCUUGCUGGAUGAGACGCCCCUGCAAUAAUAAGACGACCGAAGAAGCCAUUUAACUCGCCAUCAGAGCUCCAACGCAGCGCGGGAAGAACUUUUUUUUUUUUUUAGAUUUUUUCUAUUUUUAUUUUUUAACUUUGGUCAAAUUGAGGAGACAUCCUGGGUCCCCUCCGUGCCAGUCCAGUGGAGCAGAUGGACCAGGUAUCUAACCGGUCAGGAGUGGGCAGUGAUGACAUUACAGAUGAAACAGGAUCGUUAGUGGACAUCAGGUGGAGCUCUGAUGAAGAUAGCUCCGAUGCUCAGGGACAAUGUCUUGCUGCGCCCCAAGCUCCACUGCAGACCUACAAACAGAAGUUUGAGGAAUUUAGGAAGCUGUUCAAAGAACUGCCAGAGUCUGAGAGACUCGUGGUAGACUAUCCAUGUGCCCUCCAGCGGGACAUACUCCUUCAGGGACGCCUGUACCUUUCACAGAACUGGGUCUGUUUCUACAGCAAUGUGUUUCGUGGCACAAAGAUCACACUUGCUCUUAAAAAUAUUACAUCUAUGAGCAGAGAGAAAACAGCUCGACUGAUUCCCAACGCCAUCCAGAUCUGCACGAGUUCUGAGAAGUUCUUCUUCGCUUCCUUCUCAGCUAGAGAGAAAAGCUAUCAAGGUGUUUUCCGCAUGUGGCAAAACACACUGUUGGACAAGUCUCUGACCAGCCAGGAGUUGUGGCAGAUGGUUAAACAGCAUUAUGGGAAUGAUCUGGGACUGAGCCAUGAAGAGAUGGAGAAUUUACAGGUAUCAAUGGAAUCAAGCACACAGCCCAGCCUGCCACAAAGGCCUGGUGGCGACGAUGGCCUUGGGAGACUGGAGCGGCCCCACUCCCUUCGCCUUCCUGGAGUGGAACAUGGGCCACUAGAGAGCUCUACACCACAAGGGGAGGAAUUGCCCUCCCCUUUUGGCUCACAAAGCACUACCAACACGGAUGAGUCUCAAAACACCCCGUCUCAACAGCGCAGUCCCGUUCUCUCGCUGGACCGCCUCGACCCAGAGAGGCUCUCCAAACGCUCCUCAAAUUUUCUUGACCUUAACGCCAAUGAGAAUGGCGUUGAGCAAAUCAGCUCAAACAGCACUGAAGAAGUGGAAGAACGAAUCAGCCUGACUCAGGUGCCGGGUCGUUUGCAUAUCAACAAGGUCUUCCACAUCAGUGCAGAUAAAAUGUUUGAGAUGCUAUUUACUGACUCCAGCUUCACUCGCAGAUUUAUGAACAUCCGGCAAAUUACAAAUGCCAGCUUUACUACUUGGCAAAAAGAUGUCUCUGGAAACCUGAAGCGGACUCUGAACUACACUAUAACCAUCAGCAACCCUCUGAUUGGGAAGUUUUCCACCGCUACAGAGAGCCAGACACUGUACAAAGACUUUAAGGAAGGUCAGUACUACCUUGUGGAUGCGGAAGUCCACACUCAUGAUGUUCCCUAUCAUGAUUACUUCUACACCCAAAACCGGUACUACAUCAUAAGUAUCUCAAAGAGGAAGUGUCGACUGAGGGUGUACUCUGAUGUGAAGUACAGGAAGCAGCCAUGGGGACUGGUAAAGACCUUCAUUACCAAGAACUCCUGGAGCGGCAUUGAAGAAUAUUUCAGACAGCUGGAAUCAGAACUGCUGGAGGAAGAACGAGAGGUCAGCCAAGCAGGAGGAGAGUCAGGGAAGAUGGGUGGGCUCCGGAGAAGGAGGCGGACUUACAGCCGAAGUCUAUCGGAGCACAUAAAGCCCAACAAGCAAUACGGACAAGAUCAUGAACAAUACAGAGAUACCAGCAUGGGCCCCACAGAUGUGACAGAUGCUUACAGAUGGAACACCACUACGAUAGUGGCCGGCAUGAGUUUUAUUUUGCUGAUUCUGACGGUGCUGAAUCUGGCCUUGUUUUUUAAGCUGUGGGCCAUGGAGGACGUAGCCCACCGCAUGUACCUGAGCACAAAGCAUCGGCUGAGGGAGAGGAGUGAGGCCAGCUUGGUACCUGAAUAUGGUCCCAAACUGGGGUCGGCAUACAGGACCAAUGAGGACAUGCACCUGCUGAAAACUGUACUGCAGGAUUCUAUUAACCUUUUAGAACAGCUCCGCAACUCUCUGGUGGUGCUCCAGCAGAGCUUUGCUUCAGCCAAUCGAACGGCAGCACGGCAGUGAUGCAGCCACACCUGGUGCCCACUGAGUGAUCUGUGUGCAGCCCUGUUGACAUGGAAAAGGACUGCAGCACUAAGUGCAUCACAGGAAAUCUCUGGUAUCCAUAGGAUGUUGCCAUGUAGGCAUCCCCAGACCCCAGGUAUGCCAUGUCUUGCCAGGAGUUACGCAUCAGUUGCCAGGAUAUUUUCAAGCUGCAAACUAGCUGUUCUGAAGAACAAAUUUACAUGAUGGGCAUAUAAGGAGCAGCACAUUUUGACUUAAGAUGCUGUUGCUGGUUGCAACAGUUUUUUUUUUUUUCUUUUUAAUGAUGGGAUUUUUCUUUUGUGAUAUACCUUUUACUAUAUUUUAAUAUGUUGCAGCACAACUACUGUAAAUGCAUUCAACUUUGGGAAGUUAGUAAUAUUUAAAUGUGAAUAUUUUAAUUUAUGCACAAGCCUUAUGAAUUAAGCUGAGGUUUAGUUAUUUUUAAAUUUCCUUUCCUGUUAAGCUUUUUGGUAACUCAAACUUGAAAACAUCUACUCCUUUGUAAUUUAAUUUGUAAUUUUUUUUCUGAUUAAAUUUAGCCCAUUUUGACAUGCCUAGUGUGUAUGAUUUAGUCUGUCAAAGGUGUAGGGUUGCCUUUUCUUCAUUUUAGCUGUUGCACAACUAUAAAAUUCUUGAGCCUUGUUUAAUGUUUACAAAGAGUUGUAUCCUUAAACGUUUGACAUGGUGCACAGUUUUGUUAAGCUGCCUCUUUCUCAUAUUCUGUAUAUAUGAAACCAAUAAUGUGACCCAGACCUCUGAUUGCAUUUUUGUACAUUGAAUGUUUUAAUAAAUUUUUUUUUUUUU